CUCAAAAAACAACUACCAACCUUAACCGAAACAAAACAGAUCAUCAUCUCCUCUCUCUCCCCUGUCUCCUCUCUCAUGGGCACCCUUCAUUGCUGGUUCAUGAUUAUCCACUAAUGGGGGAGCCGAGAUCGUCCAACCAGGACCGCCAUGAUGCCCUCCCCGCAGCCCCGGCCCCGCCUCCUCCUCCACCCCGCCAGCCCGUCUCCCUCGUCCAGCCCUCCCAGAAGAAGCGCCACAAGCCUAAGGUCUUCCGCGUCUUCCGCUCUGUUUUCCGGUCUUUCCCGAUCAUAACCCCCGUGUGCAAGCUCCCCUCGCUGCCCAUGGGUCUCCCCGACACCCACCGGACCAUCUCAGGCUCGCGGGUCACGGGCACCCUCUUCGGUUACCGGAAGGGGAGGGUCAGCCUCUCGGUGCAGGAGACCCCCAAGUGCCUCCCCACUCUUGUGGUCGAGCUCGCCAUGCAGACCAACGCCCUCCAGAAGGAGCUCGGGUCGGGGAUGGUCCGCAUCGCCCUCGAGUGCGAGAAGAGGGCCGACAAGGACAAGAUGAAGCUGCUGGAUGAGCCGCUCUGGACAAUGUACUGCAAUGGGAAGAAGACCGGGUACGGGGUGAAGAGGGAGGCCAACGGGGAGGACCUCAACGUGAUGGAGCUCCUCAAGGCCGUGUCGAUGGGGGCAGGGGUGUUGCCGGGGAACUCGGACGUGGAGGGCCCCGACGGGGAGCUCGCCUACAUGCGGGCCCACUUUGAGCGCGUGGUCGGGUCCAAGGACUCCGAGACGCUCUACAUGCUCAGUCCCGAGGGAAACACCGGGCCUGAGCUCAGCAUAUUCUUUGUGAGGAUCUGAUCCAGCGAACAUCGACCAGCAACAGGAGCGUGGUUAUCGCGCAAACGACAUAAUCCUAGCUAGCUAUUAGGGCUCAAGAAUCAGUACGCCUUUUUAUAACCGUGACGUGGAAUUCUAAUCGACUGACGAAUGGCGGAUUUGUAGACUUAUCUUUCUCGGGUAUGUUCGAGUUUAAGGUUUGAAUGCUAAUACUGUUUUCUUUAACUGGUAGGUGUAAAUGAAAAGGGGAGUGUAAGAGAAGAGAAUUCAUGAGAUUUCAUUUCAUCUGCAAGAUCUAAUUAUAAGGUUACAUGGAGAGUUCUUUUUAUUACUCUCUUUCUUUUAUGGUUUUUAAUGAAAAAAU